ACCGAGCGCGCGCCGCCGCGGCAGUCUUCAGUGGAGCUUUCUAAUGACCCCAGGCGUUCUCUGUUGCGCGAAUACACACAUAAAACCAACUGGAUUGUUUAAAACUCCAAUCUGAUUGAAAUUCGGCUUAUUUCACGCGUGGUAUACCGCCAGUGCGACAGGACAGGCGCACUUCGAACCACCCCUCUUGCGAUUCGACGUCUCCAAAAUGGACCCUAACACGGACGGAAUAAGCGUGUUUUGUAAUUAGUGCCCAUGUCCGCGCAAAGCUAGCUCAUCAAUGUACCCAAGUGCAAUGGAAAUUCGCCCCAAUUACCACAGCAUAAAGAUCUAAGAUAAUUAGGUACGCGGUUGACUGUCCUCUAUUAAAGAGUCCAUGAUAUAAUUUGGUGAAGUUAUAAUCAAGCUUAUACUAGAAUGUCAUAAACAUUGAGUAUAAUGUAGUUUCAUAGUUAUGAAAGAGAUUUUAUGCUUUGGGACCGAAAAAAAUUAUGGCGACGUUUGGAAAAUUGUUUCAUUAUUACUGUUUCUACCCGCCAUUUUGCGAGCUCAAAAUACCCUGGGGUGUACCGACUUAAUAAGGAGCAAUAAAUGUUCCUGUUAUACGUCUGAAGAAGGUUUAUUUUUAGAUUGCCAGGACACUGUCUUAAAAGACGUGAAAAAUGCUCUAAAGAAGGCUUCGCUUAUCCAUUCAUUAUCUAUAUUUGACCUCGACGACAACGAAGAAAACCUGGGACCCCAUUUCAUACCUCAAGGCGUUUGUAUAAAACACAUACACAUAUCGAGAACCAGUAUAAGAGAUAUUGCUGAUGACACAUUUAUGCCAUUGAGAAAGUGCCUUGAAACAUUGGGAAUUGUGUCGAGCAAAAUAAAAUUUAUACCGCAAAAAGCGUUCUCCGGCAUGCUCAAAUUGAUGUCAAUAGACCUUACUUCUAAUUACAUCGAGGAUAUACCAAGUUACAGCUUUUAUGGUCUUCCGCUAAUGAAACUGAACAUAAAGGGGAACGUGAUACGUGAUAUAUCGGAUUCAGCGUUUUCUAGCUUAGAACUUUCUCUGUCGGAAAUUGAUUUGAGCGAAAACAAUCUUACUGCCUUUCCUAUUGCAUCUCUCUCGAAGUUACGCCAUCUUCGUACCUUGAGAUUAGCUUGGAAUGAAAUGUCUUCUUUCCCUAUUGUUGAAAAUUCUGAUUUGAUUGCUCUAGAAUACCUCGACCUUAAUUCGAAUAAUUUUGAAUUUAUUUCAGAAGACUGCCUUAAAUUUUGUCCGUCCCUUGUUAGAUUAUCAUUUCAUUUUAACUUUAUUCACAACAUACAUUACAGAGCUUUUUAUUCGUUAGCUGAAUUAAAAAAUAUAGACUUAAGCCACAAUAGAAUUAAAAUAUUAAACCCCAAUCUGUUUCAUAAUAAUAAAAAAAUAGAAUACAUCGAUUUGAGCCAUAACCACUUACAUCAUAUACAUGGGUUAUUUUCUAAUUUACCAUCUCUUGGCGAGGUAUACCUUAGCCAUAAUAACAUUUUGGAUGUGCCAAUAGAUUCGUUUUUUAAUUCUUAUAAAAUAAGUUCCAUAUAUUUAGAUAAAAACAGCAUUAGCAAUAUACAUAGUGAGAGCUUUAGUAAUUUGAUGAAUCUGACUAAAUUAAGACUAGAUUUUAAUUAUCUUCAUCAAGUGCCACAUAAUAUUUUUGUAAACAACAGGAAUAUAGUGAAAAUAAGAGUAGACAAUAACAACUUUAUUGAUAUAAGUAAUAACACCUUAGAUUCUCUCGGUAAUUUACGCGAGAUUAGGUUAAACAAUAAUAAACUUAGACUAAUCUCUAAGCAUCAUUUUACAAAUUCACUUAAGUUAGAAGAAAUAUAUUUAAACAAUAAUGAAAUCACUUUCAUUGAGGCAGGAACAUUUAUUAAAAUGUCUAAUUUAAAGCUUUUAAAUUUACAACACAACAAUUUAGUGGAUUUCAAUGAUGUAUUGCCAAAAUUACGAUCAAAUUUACUGACAUUACACUUGGAUUACAAUAAUUUGUCUCUUCUAAGUGCAUUUAUGUUCCUUUCUCAGGAAAAAUUAAAUCAUCUUAGUUUGAAAUAUAAUAAUUUGAAAUUCAUAACACGAAACAUAUUCAGAAAUUUGAGUCAUAUAACGCGACUAGAGUUGAAUCACAAUGAAUUUUCUAUUAUCGAUGAUUUUUCAUUUCAACAUUUAAAUUUGACGAGAUAUUUGAAUCUGCAAAAUAAUUUAAUUCGUAAUAUAACAAAUUACACAUUUUUUGGUUUAAGUGAACUCGAAGAUUUAGACAUUUCAUGUAACAGGAUAUAUUUUGUAUUUGAUAUGGCUUUCGACUCUCUUAAAAAGUUACGGAGUUUAAAUUUAUCUUUUAAUCCUCUCCAAAUAUUACAAAAAAAUAUCUUCCAACAGGGCUUGCCACUAAGUUCACUUUAUUUGGACAAUUGCGAGAUUCAACUUAUAGAAAAUGACACAUUCCAAGGUCUGAAUAAUCUAAAGAUUCUCUCUAUUAAAAACAAUUCUUUAAGAGCUAGUGAUUUAUUGUCGAUAAAUAUUCCAGGUUUGAAACAUUUGUACUUGUCAUUCAAUAUAUUAGAUUAUUUACCCUUGAAAUCUUUCUAUCAACUUCCCCUUUUAGAAUUUCUAUAUUUGGAACACUGCAACAUAGAGCACAUCAUUGAGGGCACAUUUAAAAAUAACAAAAAUCUUCUAAGACUGAACAUUGCACAGAAUAUAAUUAGUUCAAUACCGAUUAAAUUAUUUGACGUUCAUAAUUCUAUUUCGGAAUUUAAUAUAAGCAAUAAUUUUUUAGACUAUGUGCCAUAUAACACUCUCCAUAACUUCACUCAAAUUGAAGUAUUAGACAUUGCUGACAAUCUUCUACCAAGAAUUGAACUUAGUGGUCUAGAGUCGUUAACUAAAUUAAAAUAUUUGAUACUAAGGAAAAAUGAAAUCAAAUCUAUAACAUCGCGAAAAAAAGUUGAAUUUACUGAAUUAAUAGCAUUUGAUGUAAGUUUUAAUAGACUUGAUCAUCUACCUACGGUUAUAUUUGAAAUUUUCCCUAACAUACAAAAUUUAAAUAUUUCUCACAAUGACAUAAUUUACUUCGACUUUCUAAUGACUUACAAAAAGAACAAAAUUUCUUUAGUGAACAUAGAUAUAAGUAAGAAUCCUGCAGUUUCAUGGACUUCAAAUCACAGAGCAGACAAUAAUACGCUUGUAGCAAACUUAUACGAAUUACACAUUUGUGCCACAAAUAUUACCAAUGUUGACGAUAUCACUUUUGAAUUUUUCACUAGCUUGCAACACCUGUACUUAAAAUUUAAUAAAAUAAGACGAUUAUCUAUAAGCCCUUUUUCAAAGUUAAACAUUUUAGAAAACUUAGACUUAAGUUACAACAGAAUUUCACAACUAAAAGCGAGUAAUUUUCGUGGGUUAACGAAAUUAAGGACAUUAUGUUUAUCUAAUAACAACAUCGAGUCGAUGGAAUCUUUUGCUGAAGACUUGGGCAACUUGAAACUUUUAGACCUUUCCCACAACAAGUUACAAAACAUUCUUAAUGAAGAUUUAAUAAACUUGAAGGAACUUUCAGUUUUGCACCUAAGCUAUAACAAUAUUAAAUAUAUAUCAGUCACGGCUUUUAGAAAUUUGAACAAAGUUAUAAAAAUAGACUUAGACCAUAAUAAGCUUCAGGCCAUACCAAUAGAGUUGCUCAGUUCUGUAGAGAAUCACGUUCAAGAUAUUUCUAUAAAAGAUAAUAUUUUAAUAUGUAAUUGUCAAAAAGAUAAUACGUGGAUAUGGAUUCAAGAUCACCCAAAAAUAAUCAAGUCAAACACAGUAACUUGUCUCAACGACGAUUAUCCCAAAGAGAAAUGCGAUGUUCCUAUAAUUUCUCAGUUGUCAGUGGACAAGCAUAAAGACAACUCGGUGUCCGUUUCGUGGUUUAUAAGAAACAGGACCGCUAUUAAAGCGCUACAAAUCUUAUAUUACGGUGAAGAUGUCAGCUCUGAGGUGAAAUCAAAAUAUUUGGAUGCGAAUGAGGUAUCAACUCGCCUAACGGAUUUGGAUCAGAAUGCGAAUUAUGUAGUUUGCGUUAUUACUUUGUAUGAUGAUCCCGUUAUAACUGUCGAAGAUUUUGAAUACAACAAAACAGCUGAUAUUAAUUUAAAUAUUACAGCAAGGAUUACUCAAGACAUUGCUGCAGCAAUUCUAAUGCAAUCGCCAUCAAGUGAAUGUAUUUCGUUUAACACAAUUAAAGAAAAAACUACAGGUAAAACCAAAAUAGUAAAACCUUUUGAUAUAUCCCAAAUAUUAAAUCGUCGGAUGGGUUUGAUCGUGGGUUGUUCUCUAGGUUUUGUGGUAUUUUUUAUUAUGGUAACAGUGUUGUUAUAUACAAAAAUAAAAGAGAGAAAAAGGAUAGCUAAAUCUGAUCCAACUUGGCGCGAAAUGAAUGAUUACCAUUCAAUGCAAAGUAAGGAAGAUAUUUUACAACAUUCUACCACUGCUUCUACAGAUAAUAUAUUGUUAGGUAUGACCAAAAAUCGUAAACAUUCUAUAGACCACUUAAAAUAGAUUUUAAUAUUGUUACACAUUAUACUCAUAUGCCUAAAACAAAGUUUGUUGUCUAUUAGAAAUUAGACUAGAAAAUAAUGUCAAAUCUAAAAUUCUAAACUACUUAAUAGGCAUGUUUUAUUAAUAUUAAUAGUACCAACUUGUUAUAGAUGCUUAUUUAGAAUAAGAAGCUAGUUUUCAUAGAUAGUUUAGUUCUUAGCUAGUCGAUAUUUUGUAAUAAGAAAAUUCAAAGAUUAUUAUUUUAGUAAAAUUUAGUAUUAGAAUUUUCAAUAUUAAA